UCAACAUGAGCCAAAAUGAGCAGAAGAAGAAAAUGGUUACUGGGGUAACGACAACACUACCAUCAGCGUCUCGUUGCUAAUGUUUUUAUCGUGGGCUCAUUGCUCUAUUUUUGAUUUUUCUGCGGCGUGAGGAGUUUAGGACAUUUAAAUACGACGAAAGGGGAAAAGGAGACGCUUUAAAGCCUCCAUGGCGAGCCAGCGCCCCCCCUCCAGCAUGGGGAGACCCUCCAGCCGCAGUGGAUCAGCGGCCCCUGGUGCUGGAAGACCCCCGACGGCGGUCCGACCCCCUCCUACAGCUAUUAGGGUCCCCACUGCAAUGGUUCCUGGUACGAGUGGUUAUCCUGGCAUGAGGGGGGGCAUUCCCACCCCAGGGGUUCUGGCUGCACCCAUCAAAGUGACGGACAGACCGGUGACCCAGCAGGGGCUCAGCGGGAUGAAGACCGGCAUCAAAGGCCCUCAGAGACAGAUUCUGGACAAAUCCUACUACCUGGGCCUCCUCAGGAGUAAAAUCAACGAGUUGAUGACAGAAACCACCAAACUCCACAAAGAAAUCGACAACUACAACCAGGAGAACUCUGUGUACCUCUGCUAUGAGAAGAGAGCUGAAGAUCUGGCUGCAGAGAUAAAGGACCUACAGGGCCAGCUGGCUGACCACAACAUGCUGGUGGAUAAGCUCAACACCAACACAGAGAUGGAGGAGAUGAUCAACGACUACAGCAUGCUGAAAGCCCAGAAUGACAGAGAGGCUCAGAGUAUCGACAACAUCUUCACAGAAAGAAGGGAGAGAGAGGAGCAGAUCAAGGCCGUUGAGGAGGAGAUCAGGAUGGAGCGGCAGAUGGCGGACAGAGUCGUCCAGUCCAUGCCGGCCGCCAAACAAGAGAAGUACUUCAGCAUGGCAGCGACCAAUGAGCAGCUGCUGCAGAAGCUGGCCGUCCUCCAAGAAGAGCUGGACAAUCUGCAAACCAGGAAGGAGGAUUUUGAAGAGGAGCUGUCACACUCGCAGAUCAAGCAGGAAGUAGUUAGACUUCACGAAAUGUUGUCGGCGAUGGAGGCCAAACGGGACGCCAUGGAGGCGGAGCAAAAGAGCAUGCGCUCCCCCAAGGAGGAGAGGGAGAAGCUGUUCCAGCAGGUGAAGGAGGACAACCAGGAAAUAGCCACCAUGGAGCGCCAGCUGGCUGAGAUCAGGGAGAGAACCAGACAGACGGUGGAGGAGAUCCAGCAUCUGGAGGAGAACUCUGAGGCCGCUCAGGGGGAGGUUCAACAGAAGUUCAAGGAGCUGAAAAGGAAAGAGGAGGAGAUUGACCAGUUCAUGGAGUCCUUCGAUGAGUUCAAAGCUGAGGAGCUGCAGAAGCAGAGCCAGACUCAGGAGAGCAUCCUCUCGCUCCUGGAGCACUGCAGCAGGAACACGCUGAGGCUGCGGCAGGUGGAUGCCGUGACGGCCAGCGAGCUGAAGAACAUGCAGGAGGUUUUGGUCAGCAAGGAGACGGACGUGGUCCAAUCAGAGAGCACGGCCAGAGGACUGACGGCUGAAUCCCGGCGGCUGCAGCAGGACCUGGAGAAGGUGCAGCAGCUGGAGGGGAAGAUCACGUCGGAGCUCAGCGGCCUGCAGGAGCAGGUGGGCAGCAUGGAGUCUGAGCUGCACACCUACCGAGACCUGGACGCCCUGAAGCGCACCGGCGAGGACAGGAAGAAGAAACUGCUGGAGGAACGCGCGCUGCUGAGUCAGCGGCGGGAUUCCUUCACCCAGCUCCUGGAGGAGAUGAACGCCACAUUCAAAGAUCUGAAGACCAAACUGCAGGAGAACGAGACCCACACACAGCUGGCAAACCUGGAGAAGAAGUGGCAGCACUUGGAGAAGAACAACUUUGUGAUGAAAGAGUUCAUCGCCUCAAAGACUCGGGAGAGCGACUUCACCCCCGUGGCCAAGAACGUGGCCCAGCAGCUGGCCGACUACAACGGCCUGCUGGUCAAGUCUCUGCAGAGCAAGAGCCGCCCGCUGUCCUGAUGGAACAUUCUGAGUUAUGGUUUAUGCAGGAAACGUUUCAGCUGAGAAUGUAUUUCAAGUUUAUAACAUAUUCUAGAUUCUUCAGCUGGAUUUCAAUAAAAAAAAAAAUACUUGAAGCCGA